UAUAUGACCACACGCUUGAUUGUGAAAAGUCUUCCGGCAAAUUGCACUGAAGCGAGUUUGAGAUCUUUCUUCAAGAAGUAUGGAACACUUAGUGACUGCACACUGAAAUACACCAAGGAAGGAAAGUUUCGCAAAUUCGCCUUCGUCGGCUUUGAUAGCGAAGAGAAUGCCAAGAAAGCUCUCAAGGAAACAGAUCUUUCUUUUAUGGGAUCGUCUCGAUUACAUGUGGAAGAGUGCAAACCAUUUGGCGAUGCAAAUAAACCUCGAGCUUGGAGCCAGUACUCGAAGGAUAGCAGAGAAAAUGAAGAUGGCACUCAGCCGUCCGAGCCUCCAAAGAAGAAGAAAAUUGAUCCAGAAUAUCGAGAAUUUUUGGAAGCUCAGGGCGUGAAAGAAACUGAGAUUGUCACCAAUGACACUUCUGGUGCUGCUUUUGUCACCUUUAAUCGUCCUCCUGAUGUACGGCGUGUUCUCCAAAGAAAUCAAGAGUAUAUUGGAGGCUACAGGGUGCGUUCAUAG